GAUAUUGCUAGUAUAAAAUAGCCCGUUAUGUAUUGAGACCGAAUCGACUCGACCAAGCCUCGCGCAUAACCGGAUGUAGAAGGAUAACUGUAUAAACUGUACCAAAAUGUUACAAAAUAUUUCCUCUAAAUCUGAGACAAAGUAAAAGGUGUUCAAAAUGAUGUCCGACGAGAUCAUACGUCGGAAUCCCGUCGACGACUUCGAGCUUAUUCAGCGCGUGGGUAGUGGAACGUACGGUGAUGUUUACAAAGCGAGAGAGAGGAACUCGGGGGAGAUGGCAGCUAUUAAGAUGAUCAAGCUGGAGCCUGGUGACGACUUUGCUGUCAUCCAGCAGGAGAUCAUUAUGAUGAAGGACUGCAAACACUCAAAUAUUGUAGCCUAUUUCGGCAGCUACUUGAGACGAGACAAGUUGUGGAUCUGUAUGGAGUAUUGUGGAGGUGGAUCCAUGCAGGACAUCUAUCAUGUUACGGGUCCCCUGAUGGAGCCUCAGAUCGCGUUCAUCUGUCGGGAGACCCUCAAGGGGCUACAGUACCUGCACAGCAAAGGCAAGAUGCACAGGGACAUCAAGGGUGCCAACAUUCUACUUACAGAUGAUGGAGACGUGAAGUUAGCUGAUUUUGGUGUGUCUGCACAGAUUACACAGACUAUGUGCAAACGAAAGUCUUUCAUUGGGACUCCAUAUUGGAUGGCCCCUGAAGUUGCAGCAGUAGAACGUAAGGGUGGCUACAACCAGCAGUGUGAUAUCUGGGCAGUGGGCAUCACAGCCAUAGAGUUUGCAGAGCUACAACCACCCAUGUUUGAUCUCCACCCAAUGAGGGCCCUGUUCCUAAUGUCCAAAAGUGGUUUUAAACCUCCACAAUUAAAAGACAAGAGCAAGUGGUCUCCAGUGUUUCACAACUUUGUGAAAAUAUCUUUAACUAAAAAUCCUAAGAAAAGACCACCAGCUGAGAAACUAUUAGAGCACCAAUUUAUGCAGGGUGAUUUAACUCGAAGAUUAACUAAGGAGAUUUUAGAUAAAGUACGCAAUCCACAUUCAACUACAUAUGAAAUACAGCCUGACGAUGAGGAUGAGUUGUUGGCAAACGUUCCACAGAGAAUCCCCUCUGCCAACUCCGACAGUAGACAUCGACAGGCGCUUAGUAAUAUUGCCAACAAUAUUUCAACAGAUGAGCAGUAUAAGACAGCAGUCAGCUGGCCGAAAGAAGAUCCCUCUCAAAAGGGAUUGCUAGAAUCUGUAAAUGAAGAACUCUUAAACAGAUUGCCUGUAGGAACCUAUCUUGUUCCAAAACAACGGGCGACGUUGCCAUUAAAGCCGCCUCCAGUUCCACCCAAGCCCGCAGCAAGCUACUUCACUGUAGAGGAAACCUCAGAAAACACAUACCAUGAACCUGAUGAUGACAACGAGGGUGACCUUGACCAGGGGCCUGACCUUGGAACCCUCCUAGACCGGGAGCUCACGCUCACGCCCAACACCCACCUGCCCGCGUUUGACCCGGGUGAGGCAAUGUUCACCCCACCCCUGCCGCCCAAGCUGAGCCGUCGGCAACACAACGGGGUCGCUGUCAGCAAUGGGAAAGCCCGACCCAGCUCGUACCCUCCUGGGGGCGGGGAUGAGGAGGGCAGUACCCCACCGCCUGUGCCCAAGCGAGAGAAGAAAGAAGGGCUGGAUAACACUUUACGGCCAGUCAGUAAUGGUUUACCUCCAACGCCAAAAGUUCAUAUGGGUGCAUGUUUCUCGAAAGUGUUCAAUGGGUGCCCUCUCAAUAUCCGGUGUACUGCUAGUUGGGUGAACCCUGACACCAGAGAUGAGCACAUCUUGAUUGGGGCAGCAGAGGGCUUGUACACAUUGAAUCUGAACGAGAUCCAUGAGGCUUCCCUUGAACUGCUGCACGCCCGACCGUGUUCAUGGCUCUACGUGAUCAACAAUGUCCUCAUGUCCCUGUCAGGUCGGACCCAGCAUCUGUUCCGUCAUGACCUGAUGAUGCUGUACAACAAGCAGACCAAUCUGUUCUCGCUUCCAAAGAAAACAAAGAUUCCUGAAAAAUUUGUUCCCAAGAAGUACACUGCCACAUCUAAGGUUCCGGACACAAAAGGUUGCACGCGGUGCUGUUUCGGCCGUAAUCCAUACAACGGAUAUAAAUACCUGUGUGGAGCUCUGCCAAAUGGGAUAAUUCUUAUGCAGUGGUACGAACCACUGAACAAGUUCAUGCAACUCAAGCAUAAAGUAUUUCCUUACUUUGGCAAGAUAUUUGAGCUGGACGGUGUGCCAGCCUCACCACCCGUGUUUGAGAUGUUCAUAUCCCCGGAGUUAGAGUACCCACUAGUGUGUUUUGGAGUGAGAAGAGGGAACGUAAGUCCGCUGACGUUCGACAUCAUCAAUCUCAACUCAGGCUCCAACUGGUUCACAGACUUCGAAUCCAACCAGGGAGAGAGGCUGCCAGUGGUGAGUGUUACCCAGCUGGAGAGGGACACCGUGCUCAUCUGUCAUGACAACACGGUAUCUGUGAUGGACAACUUGUGGGCUAACUUGAUGCCAGAAUUUGUGAAGGCUGUAUCCAUGUCUGGCAAACUGAAGUCCAGCAAAAGACAGGCUGCAGAGCUGCAUUUUGAUUUCAAGGUGGAGUCACUUGUAUGCCUACAGGACAGUGUUCUCGCCUUCCACAAACAUGGCAUGCAGGGACGCAGCUUCAAGGCCAAUGAGGUGACCCAGGAGAUCUGUGACAAGAGUCGCGUGUUCCGUCUUCUGGGAUCUGAUAGAGUGAUAGUGCUGGAGAGCCGACCCAGUGACCAGCCUGAGGCCUAUUCCAACCUGUACGUGCUGGCUGGACAUGAGAACACUUACUGACCCCUCCCCCCUCCCAAUCACAAUUAUCCAUCCCCUCGCUUUGACCAUGGUCACAAUUGACCAUGCAUAUUGGCCAACAUUGACCAUGCAUUAACCAUACAAGUCAUCUCAUCUUCCCCUGUAGUCACAACUGGGUCUCGGUCCUUGGGGAGCCAUUUCGGCUGUCGCAACCAUACAGGUGAUCAAACAAAUUACCGAAUGACCGUCAAUUUGAUGUGCAUUGAUGAAAGGGUUUAGUAUGAUUUUACCAUGUUCUUUGCCAUGCAUUAAAGUUGCAAUUGUCUUUGGUACGGCCUGGCUAUAACUGUAGAGGGUCCUUAAUGACAUGGCUUUCGCAAGACCCACAAAUUUUGUAAAUUUAUGUGCACAAAUGUCUCUGUGAUCCAGCUAUGUAUGCUGGCCUUUAAGUGCCCAUGUUCUUACUUCAUACCAACAGCGGUUCGGGAUUCCCGAUACAUCGUCCAAUCUUUCAUAUUUCCAAACUAUUUCCUGAUAUGAUAAAGAGAAAACUUGAAAGUGGUGUCGUGCAAAACUGUUGAUGUUUUGUCUGGUAUUAAUGAGGAUAUUGAGUUGAGAAGUGACAUAUCAGACACAAGGCAUUAGUUAUGUGGUUAUUUAAAGUUCAUAGGUUUGUUUAAAUGGUUAAUUGUGUAAAAUAAAACACAGAUACAAUUUUACAGAAUGUAUUGACCUUACUGUAGUCACUUAUGGCUUGGCUUUAUCAUCAACACUCUUUGUUGCAAUCUUAGAACCUUGUAUAUGUUUCGAAGAAAAUACGUACACAAUGAGCCUUUCCCUUGGAAAACUGGGCUUAAUGCAUGUGUAUAAUGUAUCGUCCCAGAUAAACUUGUUCACUCCACACAGGCUUAUCAUGGACGACACUUUCUGCUUUUAUGGAAUCUGUAAAUAAAUAUUAUGCCAAAAGUGUUGCACUGAUAUGCCUGUGCAAACUUAACAGGCUAAUCUGGGACGACACUUUACACACAUGCAUUUAGCUCUUUUUUCCCCAGAGCACGCCUCAUAUAUAUAUAAGGUGCAUUAUAAAGCAAUUUUUGAUUGAAACAUAUUUAAUCUGUUGACAUGCAUGGACGUCCUCACUUUGAUAAAGCGUCCUCAUUUUGCUUACAUGUAUGAUCAGAAAGUAUUACAGAGCCUGUUGCUAAAGUAACUAAGUCUCCCUCUAGGAAAAUGGGGCUAAUUGCAAGUGGGUAGAAUGUCUUUCCCAACUUUUUCCCAAAACGCGGCUCAAAUUGCUAAAGAAAACUACAUGUAGAUUCUAUUGUGUAAUUGCUAUUGUAAAGCAUCCUUUUCUAAUCAUAAUACUGUAAGUCUAUUGUCGCUCUAUUGUUUAUCAUGUAGGGAGCAAAGACCAGUAAGUGUGUUGUCAGUUAAAUAAUAAAGAUUUUUAAAUGAUGUCUUUAGUUGUAUAUGUAUUUUCAUGACGGAAAAUUUAUUGGUUUGAUAAGGUGAAUAAUUUACCAUCAGACAUUUUUUGGCUUGUGACUUACAUGUACAGUGUUAUUAUUUUAAUUUUGUUUAGACAUUACAAAUUGUUUCUGGUUACACUCUACUAUAAAAUAAAGCAUUCCACCUAAGAACCGAUCUUUUUUGUCCAAUUUUACUAUUUAUUUGUGAACUGUUUUGGCAACACCCAUAACAAAACAAUUUUGAAGGAUAUUGCCAAUAUUCAAAAUAUGCAAUCAGUUCAAAAACAUCUUACAGUUAACGAUUUGCUAAAUACAAUAAACGGAAAACAGGAGAAUUAACCAUGAUAAGAAUGAAAUAUUUAAUAAAGAAGAAAAAUGUAAAUUUUAAUUACUUAUGUGCAAUUAAUUGUAUACUGUGGUAAAAUUUGUUGUUUUUAACCAGGUUUUCCGAAGGAAAAAACUGGUUAUUAGAUUGGCGAAUGCGGGCGGGCUGGCUGGCUGGUGGGCGGGCGGAACAAGCUUGUCCGGGCCAUAACUAUGUCGUUCAUUGUCAGAUUUUAAAAUCAUUUGGCACAUUUGUUCACCAUCAUUGGACGGUGUGUCGCGCGAAAUAAUUACGUCGAUAUCUCCAAGGUCAAGGUCACACUUUGAGUUCAAAGGUCAAAAAUGGCCAUAAAUGAGCUUGUCCUGGCCAUAACUAUGUCAUUCAUUGUGAGAUUUUAAAAUCAUUUGGCAUAUUUGUUCACCAUCAUGGGACGGUGUGUCGCACGAAAGAAUCACGUCAAUAUCUCCAAUGUCAAGGUCGCCACGACUAAAAAUAGAUUAAAAAAAAAAAAAAACUUACAAAGGGGGUUAAUUUUGUUUGUUCAUUUCAAAAGUUCAGUUUGAGUUUUCUCCCUUUAUCAUAUUUUUUUUUCACAAUGAAAACCUGGUUUUGUGACAAUUUUGUCCCUUGUGUAAAUAUUAUUUUAUUGUUAUUUUUAUGUGAGAAAAAUGUAAAUAACACUAUAUAAUUGUAUAUGGUAUAAUAUGUGCAGUACAUUUAUUAUAUGUAUGGGCAGAUGUAUAUUAUUGAACAUUUUAAUAGACAAUCAUAUACAUUCAUGUUAUGGGAUGUACAUUAUACAAGUGUCUACUACUAUAUAUUCAAAACCAAUUAUAUAAAACAAAAUUGUUGUAAUAAUUGCAUAUUUGUAAUGUAAUAUAUUUUACCAAUUUUAUAAAAUGUAACUGCAUAAUUGUUUUAAACGUACGUUAUUAACAGCAUCAGAGUUCAUAUCAGUUCUUUAUGAUGUACUUGUAAAUCUUUGCAAACUAUGCCUUUCAGUUUUAUUUAUUUUUACUCCAUAUCGUUGCUGUCGUGUUCAAACCUCGUAGCUACAAAAUGCAAAGUUUUCAGGAGAGAGAAAAAAACGUCUCAUUUUUUUAUAACGAUGUUUUAGAAAAAGAAAUUCUGUAAAAAUACCAAACAAAUGAAGCUGCAAAAUACGGUAUAAGCCAUAGACGCGUAAGUCAUACUGAUAAGUCAUACUGAUUUUCAGAAAUGGUAGCUACGAUAUUUUGUCACCACAGUUGUGUCAUUUGUAUGAGCACGGAGCGUCCGUGGUAUGAGGUACGACAAUUCGUCCUGAUAGGAAACCUCGUAGCUGCAAAUAUAAAAACGUUUUUGUCAAAUUUGUCCAAACGAAAUGACGUACCUAUAGAUGAAAUGACGUCGCUAGACUUUUCGCCGGAAAAAAAGCCAACAAUAAAGCUACAACAUUUCGUCACGUGCAUUUUUCAAGGGCUCUGAUUGGCGUAGAGCUACGAGAUAUAGCACAAAACACGCACCAGACUUCAUAUAUUCGGAAAAGACGAAAAAACAUUUUUGAACAUUUUGAAGCUACAAGGUUUGAGAACGACAGCGACGAUAUAUAAAAUCAGUGAACAAACCAUUAAAUUCUUUUAAUAUUGUGGCUUUAUUAGUGUGUCAAAUACAGACUUUUUAUUUAUUGGAUUUUUUUUUUCUUGACUACACCUUUGUAAGCAACUUGUCUUGUACACACUUACAAAUCAUUAAUGUCACUACUUGUAAAGUACAAAUAACACAUUUUGGUAAAGGUUAACAUUUAUGAAUAUUGUAUUAUUAUCAUUUCCUUUAUUCUCACUUGUUAUGAUUUGCAUCAGGUACUUGUGUGGUGAAUAAAUAUCAGUAUAGGUUGAUUUUACAAAUCUGAUUGAAAUAAAUUUAGAUUUGUUUAUUAAAAUUGAAACAAACUUGAAAAAGUUAUUGUAUUUUAUGGAUGACAAAACCUUAUUUGUUGUUUUUUUUCAAUAAAAAAAAGCUUGUUUUAAAUGACAAUUGUUAUUAUAAUUGGCCUCAUUCUCAAUUAACUGGGCUUAAUGCAUAUGGGUCAAGUGUCGUCCAAGAUUAAACUGUGCAGUCUCAACAGGCUGAUCAGACACAUUUUACACCUAGCCUGCAAUCAGACACAUUUUACACCUAGCCUGCAAUCAGACACAUUUUACACCUAGCCUGCAAUCAGACACAUUUUACACCUAGCCUGCAAUUUUGUUUAGAAGAGACUUCUUUCAAACAAACAAAUUCCAUACAAGUGGAUAGCUACCUUUGGGAACUUGCAUGAAGCCCAAUUUUCUCAGAUUGAAGCUGAAUUAUAAAUCUGUAUAAAGAUGUUGCAUAGCAACUGCUUGGCUGUACACUGCAAGUGACCAUGACAACCAUGCUUCUCAAUGGUGCUUAUUUGUCUGUGAGUUUAGUUUGUGCAUGCUCAUCUAUUGGAUAUUGUUCUGUUAAUGUUGUGAGACAAUGUAUAUGCCAUAUGUGUCCAGUGUAGCUCCGCACAAGUUGCACAUUCACCCAGCCUGGUCAGGAGCAACCCUGUCCGGUAUGAAUUCAUGCAAGAUUUUGUGGUUUUAUUACCGUACAUUAUGACUUUUCAACAGAGAUACAAGAUAUAUCUGGAGCUUCAAUGUCCUAAAGUUGAUUUUCUUAUGAGGCAUUAUUAUAAUACCAGUCACCCAACACGUGUGUUGUAUGUUUGUUUAUGUAAAUAAUAGACUAGAUAAUAAUAAUAAUAAUAAUGGCAUGCUGGGUCUUUUAGUCUGAUGAUGACAAUAACAUGGUGCAUUAAGGUAAACAAGCCCUGUUUUUAACUUGAAUUUUUAUCAUAAUUGUGUACAUGUUUAUAUGUCUUUGAUUUACUUACAUUUUCCACCGUACAGUAUAAUUAUAUAUGAUUGUAUAUUUGUGUGUAGUAUAUAUAGAUUGUACAUAUUUAUUAAAAAUAAAUGUAUUUCUGUUUGUUCACUUUAAGGACACUUGCUUUUCCUUUCAGUGUACAACUGUGUACUGAAGUUAAAUUUCAAAACAAAUUCACUGUUCAGCUACUUUUAUAUAUAGAGAGAGAUAUGCUUGUGUUCAAUUUACUUACUUCCUAAAAAUGAAGAAAUUGUACAAAACAUUAGAUAUUAGGUCUUUCUAGAUAUUAACACAGUACAUAUGAGUCUGGCUAUUUGACAAAAGUUUAAUGAAUGUGCGUAUAGUCCCAUAUUAAGCUGUGCAAUCUGCACAGGCUUAUAAGGUACUACACUUUUAUUGUAUUUAUAGUUUAAAGAAAGUCUAUUCUUAGUGAAAAUCCAGUUUAGGCAGAAAGUGUCGUCUAUGAUGAGUCUGUGCGGACUGCACAGGCUAAUCUGGGGAAACACUAAGCACAUGCAUUAAACACUUUUCUCACAGCGUGAGACUUUUAUGUCUUUAUUUUAUCACUGUUCCAAUUUGUGUUUUAUUUUUAACAGACAUACUGUCCAUGUUUAUUUUCAAAUAAACUUUUGCUGUUGUGUCCUCCAGUAUUUUUAAUGAAUGUUGUACACCCAAAUUUGGGGCAUGUUUCACAUGUUCAUAAUCUUAUACUAUACAUUAAUAAAGAAAAACAUUCCUAA